AUUCUUGUGUCCUAUCAUGCUCAAUCCCAUUCAUAUACUCCAGUGCUCCUUUGUUUCCUGUGUUGUAUCCUAAAGUUGUCCUGCUCAAAAGAAAAGGAAGGGUGUGUGGUGCAAUGUAUAAGCUGAUGCAUGAGUGGAGGUGCUAACUGGUGGUACUGGGCUCAGUAAAUAUGUCUGCCAGAUCUUUAUGAAGCUUAUAGGGCAGUGACAUUGCAGUGACACAGUCCUGAUUUAGCCGCGGGAAUCCAAGCAUCGACCCUCUGGUGCUCCCCGGAGACCGCUUUUGAAGAGCCGCAUGUCUUUUAAUGUCUCCUCAUUCACUAGAAGAUGGCGGACUUCGCUCCACUAUUAGAUGAGGAACUCUCGUCCUUUGUCUUCAGUUACCUGACAGAAAACUCCGGCAGCCAGUAUGGGGAGGAGGAGGUCUGUUCGGACCGCUUGGACACAGACUUCCCUGACAUCGACCUCUCCCAGCUGGACACCAGCGACUUUGACAGCGUCAACUGCCUCAGUGAACUGCAGUGGUGCACUGAUCAGCCAGCAGAUGUGUCACCAGCCUCCAUCCACUACAGUACAGCAGAUGAGCUCUUUGAGAUAGAAGAGGAGAAUGCGGCACUACUGGCCGCUCUGACAGACAGUUUGGAUGGCAUGGUGGAUGCUGAGGUGGGCGGCCUCUCUGUUUUUCCAACUCUGGAGGAAGAGCCCAGUCAAGAGGAAGAGGAUGAGAAGAGUCUUCCUCUGAGCGCCGAGGACUUCAGUCAGUCACUGGGGGCCGAGACAGAGGACCUAUCUCUUCUGAAGAAGUUGUUGUUGACUCCUCCCAAUGUUCCAACCGGCAUCGAAGUGCAUAAAGAUGGAGUCCACAGCCAUCGCUACAGCAACAGAAGUUUGCGCCUACGGACAGUCAGACCUCUGACUAAGAGCGACCUCCCUUUAGAGCGGAAGCCCCGAGCAGUGCGUCCCACGAGUCGCCUGUGCACCGAACUCCACCGCCACCUCACCACAGCGCAGGACACUGAGGACGCUCUGGUUCAUGACACCGAUGAGGGCGAGGACGAAGAGGAGGACGAGGACAGUGAGUCGGAGGAGGAUGAAGAGGAGGAAGGGGAGGAGGAGGAAGAAGAAGAGUCUUCCUGUAGCGAGGUCGAGGGUGCAGUGGCAGCGACCGCUGGCCCUGCAGAGCCCGCUGCGCCUCAGUUCAGCUCGGAGAAAGAACUGCAGUCCGUUGUUGAGCUGAUCACGUACAUGCACACGUACUGCCUGCCCAUGCGCAAGCAGCAGGGUUGGGACCGCAAAGAAAAGGACCUUUCCAGGCAGCGGACCAAACCUGACGUCCCCCGCCCAGCCAAUGCAAACUCUCACAGCAGAGUUGUACUGGUUAGCGCUCCUGGGACUAGUGGGAGCUUGAAUGGGAUGAGCAGCAGCAGCAGCACCCCCAGAAGGCUUCCCUUUGCCAGGCGGAGGGAGAUGAAGGCCAACUCCCUUCUCCGUGAGCUCUUGCAGCAGAGCAACUCCUUUGACGUGAGCAAGCCUUACAGACUGCACAGCCCACCUUACGCCCACUCACACAGUCCCAGCAGGGGCAAGACCUCUGCUCCUUUUGCCCCAGCUAAUAAAUGCCCCUCAGCCCAGUCCUUCAGCUCCAUUCACCCUAAGCCAGAGUUUUGGAAAGACUCUUCCUCACUGGAGAGGAGAAACUCUUCCUCCGAGCUGCAGCAGAACCUGGAAGAGCUGGCAGAAACCAGCGGCUCCUUCUCUGUUCGCCGCUCCAGACGCCUGGCGUCCUUUCCCAGCCGCUUUGCCAAAAGGUUGCGGCCUACACGAGCGAAGGAGGAAGAGGGGAAGGAAAAGGAUGAGAAUCAAACGGACAGACUCCUUCCCACCCAGGCUGGAGGGGGAACGACGACGGAGGCGCAGCCAGAAAAACUGACAUCUAAUGAUGGCAGCAAUCCCUCUGAGCUGCCCAAAUCCUGCUGCCAUGAAAAGCGAGCCUGUCUCUGUCUGCCCCUCAACCCAAAGUCCACAGGAGAGCCCCAGUUCAGCACCAGGCCUUAUGAGCAGACGCUCAGUGUGGAUCUGUGUGGAACAGCAGGUCUCACCCCUCCAACCACUCCACCUCAUAAAUCUGUGGAGGAUGAGCUCUUUAAACCGACAGACGGAGGAAAGUGCGGCAGCAGCAGUGAUAGUGGAAGUGGCAGUGAGACUUCAAAUACUAACACCAACGUUACCACAAAGGGCUCAACCUGGCUGAAUCGCUCCCACCACCAGAGGAAGCUUCCAGAGCAGACAGAGCUUUAUGCCCAGCUGCGGCGCAUGGGUCAGGCGGGAGAGGGUGACACCCAGCGCACCUUCGGUGACCAUGACUACUGCGCGCUUAGUCUUGGGGAGAGCCGCAAGCGUAGCGCUGCCAUGCUUGGCGCCAUACUCCAGACCCAGGUGGGCAGUGAGGGAGCUGGCACCCAAUCAUCCAGUGUGGUGGAUAAUCAGGUUUUAGAUGAAAAGGUCCAAGAGUGCGAAGAGGAGCGCCUUGUGAUGACAGAAGUGGUAGAAACGCAGGAGCAGCAGACGACAAUGGUGUUAUCAUCAUCACCGCCAUCAGACUGCCAGUCAAUUGCUGCGACGCCUCCAGUUUCUGAGGAAGAGGUGGAGCGCUCAUUGGCGUCUCGCUCUCCCUCACCCAUCCUUCACAUGUGUCCUGACUCUCCCUCCAGCAAGACAGACUCCAGUGAGAAUUCUGAGAGCUGUACGGACGACAACCAGGAGAACAAGGACAAGUCUGACAAGGACAACUGCCAGGUGUUUUACAUCCAUAACCUACCAAGCAGGGUGACAGAGAACAUGCUAAGGAGGCGCUUCCAACUUUUUGACAAUGCAGAGGACUGCAAAGUCAUCAUCUGCAAUGAGGAGCGCUGUGGAGUGAUAAAGAUACGUCAGCCGGGGGCUCAAAGACAUCGCAAAGAACGAGAGAUUGUUAUCCAGAAUGAACCUCCAGGCCUAAGGAGGCUAGCAAGGAAACGCUACAUAGACCUUGAUGAGGCUGGCCCUGGUCCUGUCAAGAGUAAGUAUGAUGCACUGGACUUUGACACUCUGCUGAAGGAGGCCCAGAAGUCCCUGCACCGUUGACAGUCCAGCAUUGCUGGCUGGCCAGCCUUAGAAAACUGCAGCAGAACCCCUCUGACAACAAGGGUCUGCCCACAGUACCUCCGUGCAAGGCAACCUCGUAAAAUGUUUACAUUUUUACUGUUGGAUUAACGUAACUAGGACCUUGAUUUUUUAAGUCUCUUUCACCGGAGCAUACUGCUAAAAAACAAGGAAGUCACCGCGAGGAGUUAAGAGACAGGAGGGAGAAAAAAUGACUUUAAACAGCUAAAAACAACAAUGAUACAGUGCUCUGAACAAAGGUAACAACAAAGCUGCUUCCUGUCUGUACUGGUGUCGUCUUUGCCCUGCCUUGGAAAAACGGGCUUAAAAAACCUGUAGCAAAUCCUUGCUAUCCCUGCGUUGCGUUGGUCGUUUUAGUGUGUGUCGUUGCGUGUGCGUGUCCUUCACUCUGUUUUGUAAGCAAAAAAAAAAGAAAAGAGAAAACCUCCCUUUUUUCUGGUCACAAAUGGUGAACCUGCAGGCUGUGUUUGCUUGUAUGGUCAUAUAACCAGGAUGUGAAAAAAUAGUCUGUUUUGUUUUAGCAAAUAAUUGUAUAUGUUAUAAAUUUUUAAACUUACUCUGUGUGAGGGCGUGUUUGGGUGGGUGUGUGUGUUUGCGUGUGUCUCAUGGACAAAGUAUAUAACAAACACAUUUAAUGUAAGCAACGGAUGACUGAUAAAAGUUUACAAACCUAAAAUGAAGAAAAAAAGUCAUGUUUUCUUUUUUGUAAUUGUAGUGCUUCCUUGAUUUGAUCUAUGCACUGUAACAGAGGUAAAUGUCUCCUCUGUCCCCCUUCUGUGUCUAACUCUGCCAUGCUAAAUAUUUAGCUUCUGCUACUGGCUGCUGUAGGCUUUGUUUAGUGAAUGGUUUACACACAAAGACCCUAUUUAAACUAUUUAUUAUUUAAACAUUGUUCAUAUUUUUACAACCAAUUUAGAUUGAGGGGGGAGUUUUCUCUAAAAAAACACUUAGAUUAAAACCUUAUCUUUGAAUAGAUUUACAAAUAGACAGAGUAAGAUGGCCAUUGAUUUGGAAAAUAACAGGAUUCUCUGAUUUAUGUUUAAAGGCAGAAAUGUGAAAAAACUGGAUUUGACUGCAACUAAAUGUCAAGUAAUUUCAUAACCUGAAUUAAUUUUAAGAUUUAGAACAGUGUGAGUAAAAAGACCAACAUUUAUAGUAUUAACUAAACAGUAAAACAAAAUUUUAACACCAAUAAAUUUAGCUUUAGAUUAAAAGUAAAGAAUAUUAUCCCUUUUCAAUGUUUUGCUCUACAAAGAGUAUAAAAAGCUGAUAUCAGCUGAUUAAUGAUUAGUUGGGUUGUCUGUUGAGGUAGCUAAAAACUACCAUAACAGAUAGCUUGGACUCAUUUAGUUGCCAUGUCAUUCUUGUCAUUGGUUUUCAUGAUCGGAAACCUUUACAGCUAAAUUUGUCUUUGUUGUACAUGAGAGAAUCGUUGUAGCUUUUUUUUUUCGGUCAGCUGACUAUCAGUGUGGGCACUUUCACUGGAAUCUCAAAAUAAUACUUUACACUAUAGAAACAGCUGAUAUUGACUUACUUUUUACUGGGAAAUAACCCAUUCGGAGUUAUGAGUUUAUCGCAAGUUGAAACCCGACUCAUGGACAGAACUAAGCCAGAGGAAAGCUGGGUUAUGAAUCACAUAUCUAUUUUUAGGUAGUAAAACAAAACUCCCUUAUUUGACUAUGAGUUUAAAGAGAUUUUUAAAAUUCUUUUAAACACAUUAAGCUUGUUUGCAUAGCUUUAAUUUAGACAAAAUGUUGACAAAUCCUUUAUAAAUCUUUUGAACUGCAAUGAUAUCCUUACAUGUCUGUUAUUUCUUCUAAAGGUAAUGACAAAUAAUGGUGUUAUUUGUGAGCAAAACAUUUUGUUCCCUGGAAUGUGCAUCACUUCAAUUACAUGUAGUUUAACAUGCAAAAGGAAUAAGUGCAUCAAGCACAACGGGAAUUUAUUUUAUAGCAACAUAAGGUAGUUUGUCAUUUCUGAUAUUUUUGUAAUGAGUUCAAACAUAAGAAAAGGUUUUAUUUGGGCACCAAUAUGAAAAUUUGGGCCAAUAUUAAUAUAUUAAAAACAUCUAUAUGCAGAUAAACCUGAUGAACAUUUAUAGAUAUAUAUGAAAAAUACAAAUAAAAUUCUGUAAAACCUCCUUCCUCACUGCCUGCUUGCAUGUUACAACCAUGCAAGGUGUUCUCUAUACCAGUCCAUUUCAAUCCAAUCAUCUAUCACAUUCAGUUGAGUUAAUACUGAAUACAACAUAAAGUAGUGGUCUUUAAAUAUAUUGUGUUGAUUUAGGGUUAGUGAACUGUUUGGUUUUAUAAGCACAAAAUGCAUUACCCAUUAAUACACUACGGUCACAGAUGGAGUAGGAAUGUAUUUUAAGAAGCUGAAUGUAAUUGUCGUGUUGUUCCCACACAAAGAUUGUGGAGCGAUGUGGUGCUUCAAAAGAUGGGUUUGCUUGAUAAUUUCAGACUGGAUCUGGUUAGCAGCUAGCUUACAUUCCAGCAGCAGCCAGCAGCAGCAUGCCUUGAAAACUUAAGAGAGUCUCUGAAUCCUGCCAAUCUGGUGGCAUCAACUCCCCACCAAUAAUGCAGCCAGGUAGCUGGCAAGGGAUCAGCUGAUUAAGAACUAAGAAAGUAACUGGCUGAGAAUUCAAUUUCUCGUCAUCUACCGGGUCAGAUGAGCGUCUCUACCUCACAUCCCUUCAUCCAGGUCCUGACCGUCUUUUUGUUUAGUGGUUUUCCUGAACGCUCUCCCUCCUCAUCUAUUAUCACAGCAUCAAAAGUUUGUUUUCUUGAAGAUUACAGCUUUCACAGCUGAUGAGGGGUGUAGGAUUGAAACCCGACUCAUGGACAGAACCUAUAAGGGGUAUAGGUUUAGUUUUCUAAGCUCCUUGUGACAGAGAUGAUCUCUUUUUGUAGUCUGUCCUCCGCUUGCCUCAUAACGGUGUCCGUUUGUUGGAGUCUCAACGUUGUAUCCUCGUGUAAUUGAAUGUUUUGUCUUUGUCUCGUGUUUGAGUUGGACACUGCUGACGCUUACGGGUCAGUGAGAGGUUGAACAGCAAUCUGGUGGACUGGUUGUUCCUUGUGCGUACUUCAUUGGUGAAGAUUCAAAAUCUUCUCCAACUGCACUUGUUUUUAUGUUGUCAUCAAGGAAGUGCCACUCCCCCUGUUUUUAUCUGCUCACCCUCUCCUUGCCUAGGACAUCCAGUAAAAACGCAGCCUAACUCUUUCUCCAUCCCUAACUUCUCUCUCUUUGUGGGUUCAAGACCUCAUCUUCUCCAGGUCUCCCCUCACAAAGUUUCAACUUUUCACCCGAUAAUUCCCCCAUCCUGGUUCUUGUCUUUUCUAUCUAAUCCACAUCUUGGUAACACACACACAUACACAAAAAAAUUGAAUGUUUACAUCACUUGUUUCUCCUUUGACUUUAUUAGGAACGCACACUAAGUACAAAGGCGCCUUAUUCAGUGCUUAAAAAUGACAUAACAGCAAGUUAAGAUUCUGGAGUGGAUGCCUUCCUCUCCAGGCUCACAGAUGUCCAAAACUAACACUUUAGUGCUAUACAUACUGAUUGAAAACAAGGUGUCGUCUGUUAAAAAGGACAAAAAAACAACAACUUGUGAACUGAGUAAGGUUUUGUGCUUAGUAUGUAUACUACUAAAAAGUGAGAGAAUGUGCUGGUUUACAUGUUAAAAAGAUAAUAUAUGAAUAUAUAAUGUGUAUAUAGCACUAUGCCUCAUUGUAAACAUGAAAUUUAUUGUGUGUUCUUAUUUUAUUUUAUUUUUUUGGUGGUGGGUCACACUUGAUUACUAAUAAGACAGGAGAUUUCAGGUCUGUUUUGUUUCAGUAUGUUAAUUUUGUUCAGUAUACAGGGAGGAAAUGAAGGGAAAAUCACAAUUUCACACAAAGUCCAACACAACACUGUAGCAAAAAGGAAAAAAAACAACAAAUGAAAAAGUAUCACCAUAGAUAAUCACGCUAGAAGGCUGUAUUUUGUAUCUUAAUGUGGAUUUUGGGUUUUUUUCUUUUCUUAAAAAGCAAUUUUCCAAUGCAAUACGUAAUAAUCUCAAGAGAGCCUUUGUGAAAAACGGAGGUAAUAAUGUACAGUGUGUGGUUGAUUGUUGAGCUAUUACAUGGGCAACUGUUAAGCUACGGAUUAAAUAGGCUGCUGUACUGUACGUAGACUGCCAUUUAAAAAAUAAUCUACAGGAAGAAUGUGGUCAGAAAAGCAGAUAAAUGGAACACACUGUUCUAACGUUCUCACUGCACAAAUCGUCCUAAUUGGUGAACUACCUUCACUGUUUUUUCUUCUUGUAAGCUGUUGUAACGAUAUUAUUACCACCUUUUGAUGGUGCACAGAUUUGGUUUGAAUCAGAGUUGCUUAAAGCGCUUACUUUAUAGCCAAUAACUACACAGUUCAUGUAUAUCUCUGGUAAAGGAAUGUGACAGGGAGGUGUUGAAGAAAAGUUGGUGAAUAUUUUCCAACAGCCGAUGUUGACACUGUAGAAAUCCUAGUCGCACUGCUGCACCUUACUUUGGAUCGAAAAAGGUCGACAUGGGAGGGUACAUUCUUCUUGAAAAACAUUCAGGCAAUUAUCCAGUUCAGGUUUUCCUUGCAGCUGACCAUCGAUAACGUAAAGGAGAGAUAUGCUGUCUUUUCAUGUAAAUUAAAGUUCAACCUUGAGCCUGCAGUACUGCUAUGGUUUCUACAGUGACUGCCUCUGUGCCUGUGAGGCUUUUCAAGGGUUAAAUGAAAUCGGAUCAAUCCCAUGUCUAACAUGGCAAGCCUUAAAAAUCAGUUUGGGGGGAAACUAAGUUAUCAUUAGCUUUUAAUAUUACUAUUUAAACUUCUUUCCAAUCCAACGUGGUUUAUUAUUAAAUAAUUACUGACGUAAUUUUUUCAAUAGCCAUACUAUAAAAAAGGUAUAUACAUAUAUAUGAAUAUAUAUAUAUAUAUUUGUGUGUUUGUGUAGAUAUCUAGAUUAUUAUAUACUUUCUUAUAGAAAACUUUGAUGUGGGUCAUUCUUCGCAGUGUUUUGAGAACACGUUGACACAUUUCAACAUUAAUAACUGCUGUCUAUUUGGUCUAGGUGCUAGAUCAAUAGGCAGUGAAUCCAAAUAAAUAAAUAAAAACUUAUUUAAAAAAAAUAAAAAACUUCCAAAGGGAAUUACCCUCAUAAGAAUGCAAUAUCUUUCUUUCCACUCUUCAUUUCAGAAAAAAAUGGAAAAUGGUGAGAAAACAAACUUCUUAAUAGGCAAGCUGACCAAAACAAAAAGUUAAAAUAAAGAGCAACAAUUCACCAGGGAUGGUGAACAAAUGAAAAAACGUCCUGAGAUUCAGUUCUAAAUGUUACGUUUUUAAUGCCAUGGCUCAGUAAAUCUUUGCGUCACUCACUGUUUGUUUUAAGCCAUGAAAUUAUUCCCGACCACGACAGGAGUGCUUGCAAUAUGGGCCGAGUUAAAAUGAAGUGUUCAAAGAACUUAAUGGCUAAUCUGACAAACUAAAAGGUGACACUGAUGUCAAACAGAUACUUAUUUGGGACUGCAAGCUGUCAAAUCUGCUUAAUAUGAGUGAGUGUUUUUUUUCUUUAUGAAUUUUGGGGUUGGAUAUAAAAGGGCAUAUGUUUAUGUUGUUUUUCAUUACUGUUUAUUUCACUGUCUGUACAUCUAAUGACUAUCAAAUUCAAAAAUGAUUUUUUUCUUCUUUUUUUAACCUAGUUUUCUUUUUUUUUGGUAAAACAAAAAAGUAAAUACUACUAGUGAGAUUUUAUAUUUUUACAUAUGUUUGUUUUAUUUUAUGUUUUGUUUUUCUUUUUUAUUUAUAUGCCACUUAGUUUUGAUGUCUUCAAAGGGUGUUUUUUUUUCUUUGUUGUGUAAUUUCAUAUUUCUUGAGAAUGUGGAGACAAAGGCAUUUCAGUAUUUUUGAAUUGUUAAAAUCUAGUUUCAUAGAAGCUAAAGUAUCUGAUGUUAUAAAUUAUAUUUUAAUUCAUGUAAAUAGUUUAAAACAGACAACUAUGGCUUCCUUUUAAACUGAAUACAUUUCUCUUCAGAGAUUGUUUACAUUAUGAAACUGUAGAGAUGUGCUCCUCAUAUACUGUAUAAAGUACAUAUAUUCAUUGAUUUGCCUCCAAAAAUAAAAUCCUAAUGA